GAAUAAUGGUCUUCUAGGGAUGAAGGCUCCCUUUCAUUAUAAAUAACCUUGCCGAUUAAGAAUAAGGGUAAUAUUGAUGUUACUGCAGACAGACAGAUGAAAUUGCAGACGGACAUUGUGAUGACAUCAUCAUUUGAAAUUCUAUUUAAACGAUGAUUUGAGUAACCAUUUUAGUUUAGUGACAAUUACGCUUUUUAACGCAACACUGAUAUUCAACUACAGCAACGAUGGGUCUAAAAGUGACAUAUGUUUUAUGUUUAACUCUACUCAUGUUGGGAAUUGCUAAGAUCUCACUGGGAAAGCCAAUCCAAGAAGACAAGAAAAACACAACUUCUGAACUUGAGCUUAAAGAUGAAAAAGUACAUGAACUUGAACAUCAAAUAGAAGAGGAAAAAGUGAAGGAUCUGACAGAAAAAAUUGAAGAACAAAAAAAUAAAUUCAAAAUAAUAUCAAAACUGGUUGAGUAUGAACAUGAGGUUAUAAAGUUAUUGGAGAAAGAUGACAUUAAAAAAGAUAUCAAAACUGAUCAAACUAUUUUCAAAAAUGAAGUUGAAAAAAUACCCGUUAAAGAAAAAGCUGCUGAAGCAAAUGUGACAGAUAUUCCUUCCAAAGUUGAUGAAAGCCUCAGAGAAGAAGACAACAAAGCUUCAAAUGAAGAAAUAAAUGGGUCUGGAGAGGAGGGAAGUGGAGAAGAGGACAGUGGUGUUGAUGGAAGUGGAUCAAGUGGCAUUGAAACUGAACUUAUUGGUGGUGAAAUAAUCGUAACUUGUUCAAAUGAAUCGAUGACAGCUGACAUUGUUAAUGACAAAGAAAAUCCUGAUGUUCAGUCUUCAAAUGCUCCUAAGGAUGAAGGAUUCAUGGACUAUCAAGAAAAGGGAAAAGUAGAUGGACAAACUCAGAAAGAUGACAAUGAACUGACAAACAGUGAAUCAAAUGAGCAUAAAAAUCUGUCUUCUGCAAAUGGUAGUGAACAUGUUCAAAAUGAUGUUGAAGUUGUGGUCACAGAAGUCAAUAGUGCUACAAAUGAAAAGGUGACCAUGGUGGAUAAAGAUUAUAGUGAGUCGAACACUGAGAAAAAUGAGCCUCAAAGUGACAAGCCCGGAAGUGAGGAGAAGGCCCAAAGUGAGGAGGAUCCCCAAAGUGAGGAGCCUCAAAGAGAGAAUGAGCCUCAAAGUGAGGAGCUUCAACAUGAGGAGGAGCCUCAAAGAGAGAAUGAGCCUCAAAUUGAGAAGCCUCAAAGUGAAAAUGAGCCUAAAAAUGAGGAGAAGCCUCAAAGUGAAGAAAAGCCUC